AAAUGUGCUCCAAACUGUUCGCAUUUCUGCUCCUCCUUCUGACCGCUUGGGUGACGGGCAGGAGUACUCCGCCGGAGUUGGAUGAAGACUGUGAACUGAAUUCUGUAGAUACAAUGCAUGAUUUCUGCUGCGACCUGCACGACGAGAGUCCCCAUUUUAGCGACUGCCAGAUGGAAUGGCACGAAAAGAUUCCAUACGAGACGGAUGAAGAGGAGCAGACAUACAUGUUUUGCACCGCUGAGUGCAGUUUCAACAGUACGAACUUCCUGGGCAGGGACCGCCGUUCAUUGAACCUCAAUGAGGUAAAGGAGCACUUGGAAAGCGACCUGGUCAACGAUGCGGACAUAGAGCUCCUCUAUGACACCUAUGUCAAGUGCGACAAGCAUGCGCUCUCACUGAUGCCACAUAAAGGAGUGAAGCAGCUGGCCAAACGUUUCUCGCGCCAUGGCUGUCAUCCGUAUCCCGGGCUGGUCCUCGAGUGCGUAGCCAACGAGAUGAUCCUGCACUGUCCGACCAAGCGCUUCCAUCAAACAGCCCAGUGCGAAGAGACACGCAAUCAUUUGAAGCAAUGUAUGCAGUAUCUAAAGUACAAAUCCUAGAUGUGGGAUUAAUACAUGGGCACCAUUUGCAGCUUA